AUGGCGCUGCCAAAAUCAAACAAUGAACAAUUUGCGGUGUUGGCCAUUCAAAUGCCUCCCUGCCCAUCGUUUCCCGAAGCCGCCGUGCACGAAGUCCGCAUCCGACGAAAUGCGCCCAAAAUCGCCACAGCAAACGACUCUCGCAGUCUCUUUCUCAAAAACAUCCCGGCCGAUAGUACAGAGCAGCAUUUUCGUGCCGUUUUCACGCAACUUGUUGGCGCAGGUCGCUUUGAGAGCAUCGACUUCGAAGACGAGCGCGGUGCUACAUAUUCAUUCAAUCCUGCUCAGGCCGUCAAGAUCAAUACUAUUGCGAAGAAGCGCAAACGGGACGAGAUAGAGAUGGAAGAGCAAGAAAAGGAGAGACAGGCUAUACAACUUCCCGAGAUUUGGACAAGAAGGGUGUUGCGCAGUAGCAGCACUGCUGUCGUGCUCCUUGCUGACGACAAGAGCGUGCAGCUGGUCCUCAAGGCCAUCGCAAAAGCCAACAAGACCAAGAAAUAUCCAAUGUGGGAGGACGGUUCGUUAAGCGGUGUACCGCCACUUGGCGUGCCUUGGAUAUCGGCGCACUUGCGAGACUCGCGGGUAGACAAGGCGGAAGCUCGAAGGUCGGCGCACGCCUUCUUCAACGCCUUCAACCGCAAGGAGAAGGAAGCUGCCGAAUUAGCCAAGAGACUGCGCAAUGAACCUGAUGAGGAUGGCUUUGUGACAGUUACGCGUGGCGGUCGCACAGCGCCCGCCAGCAAGUAUGAGGCCGAAGAGGCCAAGCGUCGGAUGGUGGAGAAGGACACCAAGAAGAAGUCCGAAAUGAAAGACUUUUACCGCUUCCAACUGCGCGCGCGCCGCAAGGAGGAGCAGGCUGCUUUGAUGAGGAGAUUCCAACACGACAGGGAAAAGGUCAAUGCCAUGAGGGAGAAGCGUGGCAAGUUCAAGCCCGAAUCAUGA